AUGAGUGCAUCCACCUCGAACGCGCAAAACCCCGUCAUCGCCGCUUCCUCGACCGCUACGCCCGCGAACAGCUCCUCUGCAGGAUCGUCCGCCAACGUGGCCGCUGGAUCGGCUCAGCCCACUGCCCGCAGCUCUUACGCCAACGCGACUCAGAAGAACUCUUCUCCGACGAUCGCGUCUAGCGGAGCGCCGCCCGUGGCAGUGGGAGGCCCGCAGACCGCGCAGCAUGGGAAGAGCUCCUCUGUGUCUCCGGUGAACGGCGGCUCCAUCAAGCCAGCCAUUCCCACCAUGCCUGCUAUUGUCAGCGGAGGCCCCAAUGGCAACGGCGACCACAGCCGCAAGCCCUCUGUACAGAUGAAGCAGACCCCGCCCACCACCGCAGGUGGCCCGCCCUCGGGCAUCAAGUUUGGGUCGCUUGCUGGCUCACCAGCGCCUGCGCACGCUCAGCCCGCAGUGCAGGGCAGCCUCAAUAUCCAGGCUCAGAACCCGCGUGUCGCUUCACCAGCGCACUCGCCUUCGCCAAUCCCGACACCCAUCUCCGGCGGCCCCAAACCCGACGGUCUGCCUACGCGACCAAACCUGGUGUUCGGCGGCCAGGGCAGUGAGAGCAACGACGCUAACGCCCGCAUGAACAUGCCCUCGCAGCCCAACUCCGUCCCCCAAGCUCAACACCUGCGCCGCGAAUCUUCCCAGUCCGCGCACAGCGAUAUGAGCAACGCAAACAUGAGCCGUAAUUACUCCAACGGACGAGGCCGUGGCUACCCCCAGCACCCUCAAUACCCCAACAUGGCAAACCAGUCCCCACAGCCGUUCCGUCCAGUCCCGCACCAGCAUAUGGGCCGUGGUGGUGGUCCCAUGCCCCCAGCUUUCCAGCCACAAGGCAUGCAACAAGGCUCCCCUUUCCGUCAGAACCGCAGCCCCGCCAUUGCUCCCGCUACCAUGCACCAGCAAGCUCAUCUUGCAAACCCGCAGGGCAUGCCCUAUUACCAAGGCCAGCCCUACGCACAGCCGGGCAUGUAUGGUAUGCCACCCCAAGGACUCGAUCCGUACAAUGGCUACUACGGUCAGACUUCCAUUCACUACCCUGGCCACCCUGUGCCUGCCAGCCCUGGACGUACCCAUGGAUUCCCUCAACAGAUGCCGACUCCUUAUGGUGUCCCUGGCCCAUACGGUCAGCCGCCCCAGGCUCAAGGCAUGUCUCGUACCCCCUCGAACAUGUCUGAGCGCCCUUCAUCUGCCGUUCCUCAGCCGUCCACCCCUGCGAUGACCAACGUCAAUCACAUCUCACACACCCACACGCCUAGCGUGACUGCUGCAAGCCCGGCGCCAAGCUCUACGUUUGAGCGCCCCAAGAAGCAAAGCAAGGCCAUCGUGAUUAAGACUGCCGAUGGAGAGGUCGUGGACUUUAAAAAGCCCAAGGGUGCCUCCCCUGCACCUACUGCUGCUCUCGCUCCUCCCGCGCAGCCCCGCUCGCCUGCGAUUGCUGCUACGCCUACUCCACCUCCACCAUCUUCCAGCUCAGGAGAUGCUGCCAAGACUGCCGAAGAGAAGAAGGCAGAUUUCGUCAAGCAGUUCCAGGAGAAGAUUCGCAAGCAAGAAGAGGCAGAGAAACAGGCGAAGGAGACCUCUGAUGCGAGCGUCAAGGCCGAUGCUGAUGCCAAACAGAAGGCAGAAGAAGAGGCAAAGGCAAAAGCAGAACAAGAGUCCAAGCAGAAGGAAGAGGCCGAAGCCGCCGAUAAGGCCAAGGUCGACGAGGAAGAGAAGAAGCGUCUCGAAGAUGAAGAGAUGGAGCGGAUGAUCGCUGAGAUGGAAGAAGAAGAGAAGAAGCGUGAGGCGGACGAGAAGCGUUACGCCGAAGAAAAGAAGAAGAAGGCCGAAGAGGAAAAGGCCAAGGCUGGAGACAGGGUCAAGGAGGAGGAGGAGCGCCUCCGUAAGCUUGAGCGUGAAGCCGAAGAGGCCGAGAAGGCUCGCGAAGCAGAGACACCAGAGCAGAAGGCCGAGCGUGAAGCCAAGAACAAGGCUCUCUUUGCUGGCCUUAAGAAGAACACUCAGUUCGGACCUGUAGAGGCCGCUGCUCCAGCCAUCGCUCAAGCAAAGCCUGCCAACGCCAAGUCCAAGCCAGCUGCUCUCAAGCUCGAGACGAACAAGCCUGUCGAGCCCGCACAGCCUACUGCCGGUAUGCAGUCUCUUAAGUCUUACGACAAGGACUUUUUGCUCCAGUUCCAGGAGGUGUUCAAAGAGAAGCCUUCUACAGACUGGGACAUGAAGUUGAAAGAGACUGUUGGUGAUGGCACUGACUCUGCCCGUCCGCAGUCUGCUCGUCCAGGAUCCAUGAUGGGCAGUGGCCGCCAACCUUCCCGUGGCGGUGCGCCCGGCAAUGUCAUGGGCAACUUCCAAGGAUUCUCUACCACCCGCACCCUUCCUCCUGGCACAACUUCGCAGCAACGCUUCGAACAGGCAUCGUCAGGUCGCGGACCUAUGACCAAUCCUCUCGCUCAUGUCGUUAUGGGUGGUGGACGUGGUCAAUUCCCCAUGGGCUCACCCAUGGUCCGCCAAGCUUCUUACACAAACAUGUCCGGAGGUGGUCCCAACUCGCCUCGUGUUGGCAGUUCACGUGGUAAGGGAGGAAGCCGACGUGGCCCCAACAAGAACGAGCAGCAAGAAGCGAAGGCUAUGCCUCUCACCGCCGGUCAGGCAGUCAAGGAUCUCAACCGUUCCGAGACCGGAUGGAAGCCUACCAGCCUUACAUCUACGCAGCCUCAACAAACUUCUGGUCACAUGGCUCCGGACAUGGUGCAGCGUAAGGUCAAGGCCGCUCUCAACAAGAUGACCCCAGAGAAAUUCGACAAGAUUUCCGAUCAAAUCCUCGAGAUCGCCGCACAGUCCAAGGAUGAGAGUGACGGUCGCACUCUUCGUCAAGUCAUUCAACUCACUUUCGAGAAGGCUUGUGAUGAGAGCCAUUGGUCGUCGAUGUAUGCCAAGUUCUGCAGUCGCAUGCUUGCAACCAUGAGCACCGAAAUCAAGGAUGAGAAUGUCCGCGAUAAACAUGGCAACCCUGUGGUCGGCGGUGCUUUGUUCCGAAAGUACCUCUUGAACCGUUGUCAAGAAGAGUUCGAGCGUGGUUGGGAAAUCAACCUUCCCGAUGCCCCAGAGGAAGGCAAGGAGAUUACUAUGCUUACAGAUGAGUACUACAUUGCUGCUGCCGCCAAGCGCAAGGGUCUUGGUCUUAUCCAGUUCAUCGGUGAGCUGUACAAGCUUGGUAUGCUUACGCUCCGCAUCAUGCACGAGUGUGUCCUCAAACUCCUUGACUUCGAGGGACUCCCUGAUGAGUCGGCCAUCGAGAGUUUGGUCAAGUUGCUCAGGACUGUCGGCCAGACCAUGGAGUCCGCCGAGGCUGGUCCUAAGAUGAUCAAUAUGUACUUUGAACGCAUCGAGAAGGUCAUGAACAUGGAAGGCCUUCCUUCUCGUCUGCGCUUCAUGUUGCUCGACACCAUCGACAUCCGCAAGUCUGGUUGGAAGUCCAAGGAUAUUCUCAAGGGCCCCAAGACCAUUGCUGAGAUUCAUCAAGAGGCAAUUGUUGCUCAGCAAGCUGCCGAGAUGGAGCGCAACCGGUCGAACCAGCGUGGUGGCGGUGGUCGCCUGCCCAUGGGCCGCGGCGACGCCCGCUCGUUCUCUGGCGGUGGUAUGAUGCCUCCACCAGACACCAACAGCCGCGUCCAAAUGGACGAUCUUCGCAAGCUGUCCAAGGGUGCAUCUGGUCGCAACAUGAACGCUGGAGCGGCCCUCGGCCCAUCCAUGCUGGGUAACCGGAGUGGUAGUGGCCGCCGUGGUCUUGGCCCUGGCAUGAUGGGUGGUCGUGAUGAUUCUCACAACUCAUCACGAACUGGCACCCCACCGGUAAAGGAGAAAGAGCCUACCGCGCACGCGAAUGCUUUCAGGUAAGCACUUUAUUCAAUACUUAAUCCGAUGUAUGACUAACGAAUUUUAGUGCACUGGCAGCCCUUGAACCAGAAGACGUUAGCUCUCCUCCCCCCGCCGCAGACGAGCCUGCGGCCGCAGCGGAGACUAAGGCCUCUGAGUGAUUAUUUUCCACUUCGUUCGAGCGCGUGUCGGUUUCAUACCCAUAGACAACACCGCACGCGGUAACCUAAUCGCUUGUUUCGUUGCAUAGAUCGGGGGCUGUAUCAGCGCGCAUUGCAUUGCAUUUCGCGGGGUUUCUUUAUUGCAACAUUCAAGACGGGGUUCAAAAGUUCUUUGUUAUCGAACGCGAGGCAUCAAGAGGUGGACGGGCUGUUUGUUGCCGUCAUCUUGGCAUGCGCUCCAGGUCUCGACAACUGUUUGGGCUCAUGACGGCGUUCCGGACUUGGCAGAGGAUGAUGGGUCACACCUAACGCUUCUCACGAAGCGUCACUGGUGAUUUGUUGGGCCCUGGACUUUCCUCAUUUCAUUGACUCAGCGUUCUCUCUUUACGGUAGGGCCGGGGCGAUAGGGUCUACCAGACUUCUUGGGGAUAAUGCGGAGUUUCAGCUCAUGUCAUCACCUCAUAGUCAAUUCGUUUCUUGAGUUAAAAUCUUCAGGACCGGUGGUUUGGUGGUGUGGCUUAAUGCCGAGAUGGAGGCAAAAACAGCGUUGCUUCGGCAUGUGCUUUCUGCAUCUACACUCAGGAGGGCAUUUAGAAGAGGAACGUGUGGUGCAAACACUUUGUGUGCAUACUUCGAUCUCGUUAGAAUACACCAGUCACUUC